GCGCUGUAUCGAUUUCUACGUCUUGGUUCAAUUCAAUCCAAAACAAAUUAAUGUUGGCUAUGUUUUCUAUUUAAAUUUAACAAUUGACACAAUCCUUUUGAAUCGGAGUUAGUGGAUACGCGAUGGUCGGAAUUUUUUAGUCAACUGUAAAGCAAAUCUCUCUGGCAUUGAAAAUCUCUCAAAAUUAAAAACCUUUGGCAGCGAAGAGCAGCGUUGCACAAUGGCGUCCUAUAUUGUAUAGUCGACCUUUAAAAUACGAUUUACUUACAUUUCUUCUCAUUUUCGAUACAAACUGCCGUCAACACUGCAUUGAUGGAACUGAGGGUUGGCAACAAGUAUCGUCUUGGACGCAAAAUUGGCAGUGGCUCGUUUGGCGACAUCUAUCUUGGAAUGAGCAUCGCGACGUCUGAAGAAGUCGCCAUAAAGUUGGAAUGUGUGAAAACAAAACAUCCGCAGUUGCACAUAGAAGCAAAAUUUUACAAAAUGAUGCAAGGUGGAGUUGGAAUUCCAACCAUUAAAUGGUGUGGUACCGAAGGUGACUACAACGUUCUUGUUAUGGAGUUGCUGGGUCCGAGCCUUGAGGAUCUGUUUAAUUUUUGUGAGAGAAAAUUCAGUCUAAAGACAGUACUAUUGCUUGCAGAUCAACUUAUCAGUCGUAUUGAAUAUGUUCAUAGCAAAAACUUCAUUCAUCGUGAUGUGAAACCUGAUAACUUCUUGAUGGGUCUCAGCAAGAAAGGAAACCUAGUGUAUAUAAUAGACUUUGGCUUAGCAAAAAAGUAUAGAGAUGCUCGCACCCAUCAACAUAUUCCCUACAGAGAAAACAAGAAUCUUACAGGAACGGCUAGAUAUGCCAGCAUAAAUACUCAUUUAGGAAUAGAGCAAAGUCGACGAGAUGAUCUUGAAUCACUUGGCUAUGUCUUAAUGUAUUUUAAUCUUGGCAGCCUUCCUUGGCAGGGUCUUAAGGCUGCCACAAAGAAACAAAAAUAUGAAAGAAUUAGUGAGAAAAAAAUGUCCACGCCAAUAGAAGUCUUGUGCAAAGGAUUUCCAACCGAAUUUGCAACAUAUGUAAAUUACUGUCGCUCCCUAAGAUUUGACGAUAAGCCAGAUUAUGCCUACCUUCGGCAACUGUUCCGUAAUCUCUUUCAUCGCCAUGGUUAUGCAUAUGAUUACAUCUUUGAUUGGAACCUAUUGAAAAUUAAUGGUCGAGAUGAUUCAUCAACAGAAAGAUCAAGAGAUCGACUUGAUCGCGAUAUUCCUCAGGAUAGAUUACACCAUGGGCGAACAUCAGCAAACCGUGCCAAUAUUGGUACUACAACCACUCGACUGCAAAGUGGCGCAGCACCAAAUCCUGCUGUUGGGUCUAGGCCUGUAUCACGUGGUGACAGAGAUCGUAGAGUGAGUAUGCGACUUCAUCGUGGUGCAGAUGGUGGUGGAGCUAUUGAAGGUGGACGCGGUGAACCUUCACGAAUGUCUGGUGUUAACACCCGUGCAUCAUUGGCUGCAGGUAAUGCUUCCGGAGUACGUCGAAUGGGUGGCUCUAGGGACAAAGGACUUGCAAACGAAGACUUCAUACCCAGGAGUUCUGCUAGACAAAUGCACAGAACUGGGAAAUAAUUAAACAGUGGUUGCAAUUAUUUACCUGCAUUGAGAAGACAGUGAUUUGCAUGAAAACACACUUAUGUGGAAUUGUAAAAUAACUCUUUGUAUAGUAGAUUGAAGAGAAAUUUUUAAAUUUGUCUGAUGUUCAAA